AUGUCCUUAGCAAAUAAAACUGUUUUAAUCACUGGCGGUACCAAAAACUUGGGUAAAAUUACUGCCAUUGAAUUAGCUUCUAAACACAAGGCCAAUUUAUUUUUACAUUAUAACUCUACUCAAGGAGAUGAGAAAAAGGUUGCUGAAGAAAUUGCUUCAAAAUACGGUGUCAAAGUUGAAUUAUACCAAGGAAAAUUAAAUUCACAAGCCUCUGUUCAAAAACUAUUCAAGGCUUGCCAAGAAAAGUUUGGUUCUAUCGAUGUUGCUAUUAAUAAUAUUGGUAAAGUUUUGAAAAAACCAAUUGUUGAAGUUACUGAGGAAGAAUUUGACGCCAUGGAUUCUAUCAACAACAAAGUUGCAUUUUUCUUUAUAGCCGAAGCCGCUAAACAUGUUAAUAAUGGUGGUCACAUUGUUUCCUUGGUAACCUCCUUAUUAGCUGCUUAUACACCAUUCUAUUCUGUUUAUCAGGGUACUAAAUCUGCUGUUGAGUAUUACAGUAAAUCGGCUUCCAAGGAAUUAAUAUCCAAAAGAAUUACUGUCAAUUGUGUUGCUCCAGGUCCUAUGGAUACUCCAUUUUUUUACUCCCAAGAAAAACCAGAAGAUGUUGAAUUUUACAAGUCUGCUGCCAUUGAUCAUAGACUAACUAAGAUUGAGGACAUUGCACCAAUUAUCGGUAUGUUGGUUACCGAAGGUAAAUGGAUUACUGGUCAAACCAUAUAUGCUUCUGGUGGUAUGACUGCUCAUUGA